AUGGUGGUGAGAUGGCUGAUGGUGGCUGCCCUCGUCGUACAUGGGCGAGGGUGGUGGAACGCCUCAACGCCACCUAAGCCUUCACCAGCGAAGCCAUGGUGGCGAGGCAAGGUCGAGGAAUGGGUUCCGGCGGCCACGCCUUGGUUAGAUGGAGCCUCAGAGACUUUCUCCAAGGUGGCCUCUUUGACGGAACCCACGGCGGAGAGAGCGCCUGGGCUGGUGUUCGAAACGGAUGCAGGCGCAUCUCAGUGCUGCAUCCUCCUGGGAUGCUGCAUCAUCGCCCACUACAUCUGGGCGGUCUGUUGGCCGGUGGUGUCAUUGGUGUGUGCGGUGAUGAUGACGGUGGUGUGGUUAGCUCGACGUCUCCUUCGUGCGCUUGGCGGGGUUGUUUUUGUGGUCCAACGGUUCUUGGGUGGAACGCCUGAGGCUUCGAUGGUAGACUACUUCGGCCCUGGCACUGGACAACCACCCGAGACUGCUGAGCUCCGCAAGUUCAAGUAUCACGCCGGCACCGACAAAUGGGUGGUGCUCAAAAGGGGUGACCACACAGCCGUCUUCAAGGUGUCCAAUGAGAGCCACCCGAUCAGGUCCAGUGGGGUCUACAUUGGCAUCGAGGUCGACACACUUCGGGGAGCCCCUUCGCUGUUGCAGGAGCUAACUGGAGUGGACAAGGUGCAUUUGUGCAGGAGCGAGGAGUGCAGCGAGCCCGGCUAUCACUUCAAGGUGUACGGCUUGACCAAGAAGAUCGACUACGAGAGCUUCAACUUCAACCAGGCGAACAAGGAGGCUAUGACUUGGGGUUCGAGAGCGUGGCAGUGGGCUCUGGGCGGCUCUAAGAACCUGGCUGCGAAGGUUCGGGACUUAGGCUCCGAAUCUGAACGGGAUGAGGAACCAUGCCAAGCUCAUCGAGUCUUCUGGAGCACUGAGAAGGGAGAUGAACGCUUAGCCCCGGCUCCUUGUUCGCACCAAGCUCGGGAGCGCACUACUUUGCUCAAAGAAGAUCAGCUGGGGGAGCAGGACACGGUCCCAUUGUGUGAAGGCCAUGGUUCCCAAUAUAUCCUGAAGCGCUUUGCCAAGAAGUGCAGUCACGCUGAUUGUCGACGGCUAGGGCACACUGGCCAUCAAGGGCUCAUGUUGUGUUGGAACCACGAGGAGUCGGUCAAGCAGCGUCGAGUGUCCCGGUCUAGGUCGCGGGAGCCAACACGGGACCACGAGCUGGAGGACAACCUGGGCGAGGAUGUGAACGAGCUCGAGGGUGACCGUGGGCUGAGAUGGAGACCUUCUGCGAGCACUACAUCACGGAGGAGGAGUACUUCAAGGCGCUUUGACGACGGCUUCGAGGUGGUGUCAGACGGCGUGAGAGAAGGGAGAGCGGACCACCGAGGGAGCAAGGCCAGGUCUUUGCUUCAGGAGAUGAAAAGUGCCCACGAUGAUGGGUGGGAAGAUGAGCCGGACUCGAAGCGAGUGAAAACUACUUCCAAGUCUCCGGGGAGAACACCAAAGUCAUCAAUUCACAGGAGCUUAGCAAAGCUGGGAAUGCUUGACUCACCUGAUGGGGGGCCGGAACGCAGCAUACUGGAGGAGUUCUUCGAGGUCUACACCGAGGGCAAGCACGAGGGCAUGACGGAAGAGAAGGCUAGGGGAGUGCUAUGUGACCGCCAUGGCUCAAACUUCCAAGAGAUCACCAGGAAGCUGUAUGGUCAAGCUUGGGAGGAACAGCAGAAGGGUCAAAAGGGGCUGUCAAAGUUCCUACAGAAGUGGCGCAAGGAUGCACAAGAGGUUGCCCAGCCUGUCUUCCCUCCAUCCACCCCGCAGCCAUCGAGUACUUGGAGCGUGGUGUCGUCUGACCCUUCUGGCAAACCAUCAAUUCCCUCAAGCCCGGAGAUGUCUAAGAAGGCGGGAGUGGGGGACCUCUUGGUUGGAGCUCCGAGGAUCUAUGGACGCGGCGCUGACCGGAAGGCAGGAGCUCGAGAAGAGACCUAUGACCCCAUGGCUAAGUUGACUCAAGCUAUCCAAAACCAAACAUCUGAGAUUGCUACGUUGGUGCGAGCACAACAGGAUUCAGGUAGGGGCUUCCACAAAGUUGAGGUCUUUGGGCUUCAAACAAAAGAUCUCGACAAGGUGACUGAUGCUGAACUUGACGCUUUCGCAUCAGAGGCAAGACAUCUGAAGGGGCAAGGGGAGCAGAGGCCGGCACCUCCGACCCGCCUCGACGAGUGGAUUGCCCGUGUGAAACGACAGAACCAGGUGUGGGCACUCACCUAUGGCAUGGAAUGGUUGGAGGUCAGGGAGCACGCUUUGGAUCUGCUGGCAGGUUGGCAUCAAGAGCUCCCCCACAAGUGGCCGCUGCAGAUAGUGAUGGACGCGUGGGAGGAACUCCACUGGCGUUUCAUGGAAGAAAUGAAAGAGGUCCUUCGUCAGUUGAAGAAGGUGGCAAAGAGGGAGUCUAUGUCCCUGGCGGAGAUCAGGUUCCACGCACUACUUCCUGGCCCAGAAGGACGCGCUUGGUUGGAGCUCCCACGGACCUUUGAUCUACUCAACCCGGAAGGGUGGUUCAAGAUGGAGCUGGAGCCUCGUAUCGAAAGGAGACAGGAGCGGGCCCUCUGGCGCUUGACGUGGGGAGGCGACAAGAAGCAGACCGCAGGGUUGCACGCUGGGGGAGAAAAGGAGGCUGAAGAGGACAGUCGAGGAGGAGGAAAGCCUUCAACGAACCUCAUUGGCCCGAAGCUCACCCAGGAGGAAGUGAACAAGGCACGAGAUCGGGCACCUGUUGGAAAAGGGGGGGCAUUACUAUGUUGGGGCUAUCUGACGCAUGUGGGGUGCCAUUCCACUACUUGCCAACGGGCCCAUGAGAACCUCAAAGGAUCUUUCGAAGCCUUGGAUCCAGCAGUUCAGAUGCAACUACUGCGUCGGGGAGGCCUUCGUCGCAUGAAGCAGGAGACGGCCGAGAGUGCGAGGGACAAGAUCCAGGCCCUUCGCCAAGGAGUCCAGAAGGACAAGGCCUCAAAGAUCAGCAAACCGAAGCGGAAGGCGGGGGCUGACAAGGAGGAUGACGGGGGAGAAAAGGCAGAGGAAGUGAAAGCAGGUGGAACCUGUACCGUCCACUUCAACGAGGUGCCGGAGGAGUUCGAGGCGAUCGACUACACCAAGCAGGAGGACGUCAGGGACUUCGUUAACAGAGACGACCGAUCCUGGGGACUACCAGUCCGGCAUCAAGAUCGCGGUUAUUUCCCCUCCCAAGACUUCCAGGCGCCGGAGGAGGCCGUGAACAUGGUGGACAAAGCCGAGAAGCUAGCGGCGGGCCCCGUUCUGGGAAAGUUGCAGGAGGCGUCAGAUGAUCUCUACGCGUGGGCAUCGGCGAGGGUAGCUGCAGACGAGGAAGUUACGUUCGAGGAGCUCAUGGGGGAGAUGGUGGCCUACGGGGUAGCAGAUCUCGCGGAGGAAGCUGCCAUCAUUCUUGAAAAACAAGGCGGCACGAGGGCGGGCGAGAACACCCGUCUGGUCGUGAGGGAAACUAUGUGGGCCACCGGUGAACCAGGCCAAGGCUCUGUGGAGGUGGAUGGGAGAUCCUGGAGGAGUUGGGACUACCAGGAGGAAGUCUUCAUGUCCGAAGAGCUAGCGGGGAUCCUUCAGAUGCCGGAGCCGGUGAUAGAAAAACGGCAGUGUGUCACCAAGACCUUGGCAGCCGGUAUCCUCUGGAGAGAAAAGGGAAGACGCCCUACGUUGCAGGAGGUCGAGAAUAAGGCUCGGGAGUUGAGGUUGGAUCAGGCUCGGCUAGCGCUGGACGCAGCCACCCAGAUGGGGGAGGCGGCGGAAUUUGUGACCCCAAUCGAGCACGAGUUGAGGGUGUAUCUUCAUGACCUCCUACAUCCAGCCCACGAACGUGACUUCCGGAGCCUAGCGGUUUUCCCUAUCAUGGAGCUCGGGGCGGCCAAAGUGGUGGUGAUGAGAGCGGAUUUCCAAGGGAACUUGCUCGUGGAGACCAUUGUGGGUCCGGAUUGGGAAGAUGGAGGCUGGAUAGUGUGGACCUUGAUUUGGAAAGGGCACAUGGUGCUGUUGCAGCCACCAGCUGACUUCGAUGGGAUGGCAUGGUUGGCGGUGGAGGAACGUCAAAGUACCCCGGUCCUUGGCUUCAAUUUCUACUGGCAUGCCCGCCAUGAUCAACCUGUGAGUGCCCCAGGACGAGUAGCUUGCCGGCUAUGCCGCCCACCACGUCGAGCAGGAGAGACCUCACUCGGGUCAGGCUUGAUCCGCCAGCAUAGCACUUUGGCUGCAGUGGCCACAUCCUAUGCCAACAUGUGCGGGUCCGGGGUUGCGGGUUCGACCACCCACCAACGAGCUGUACGAGCAGCCGAUGGGGCACCAAAACUGCUCUUCAGGGAGAUCUUCGCAGGGACAGCGGGCAUGACAAAGGAAUGGGUUAGCCAAGGUGGUGAAGCUUCGCCUCCGGUGGAGGUCUUCGCUGACCCACACAAUCGAGUUGGCUACCAGCCUCAGCAUGACAUCACUGACCCGUUGGUUCGUGGGCUCCAUCUGCGACGGGCGGUUUCUGGCCCCGAAAACGUGUUCUGGAUAGCCUCGCCGUGCACUACGUUCUGUGAUUGGCAACUUCAAAAUGGAGGCGCACGCACUUUUGCUCAGCCUCAAGGUGGCGGUCGAGGGCCCAUUUUGGAGAAGGAGGUCGAGGGCAACGUCUUUGCGGACUUUGCGGCGGAGCUCUUCGUCAAAGCCUUGGACAAUGGCGCCUUCCCCUUGGCGGAGUCCAGUGGGCCUAGUGGUCGGUACCCCAAGAUGUGGGAUUUACCUUCUUGGCAGGCCAUUCUGAAGAGGCAUGUGCCCCUGAAGGGCUGUCGUCCGGGCGUCUCGGUUACCCGGUGCACGGAAGCAGGAGCUUACCCGGCGGACUUCAUCAAACAAAUCGUGCAGACCCUGCAGGAGGUGCCGGAAGGAGACUACACCCACGGGGAAGGUCCCAAUGGUGAUGAGGGCCCACGGGCGGAGACCUAUGUCAGGGAGAACCAGACUGAGGGGGAGAUUGUGGACAACUAUGUCGGGGAGAACCAGACGGACCAGGAGAGUGUGCACGAUGAGGGUGGCAACGCUCGAGGAUGCGGAGCCUCAGCGGGGGCUUCAGACCCGUUGGAGGAACCUGUCAGCUCCCCAUUUGAGUUUGGCUCGGAAGCGGAGGAGGCAGUAGAGGAACCAUCAAGCUCGCCCUUUGAGUUUAGCCCCCAGGAGGUGAAUGACGAACCGAGCGGAGUUUGGGCAAGCCCGGAGGGAACUAGGAACCUGGACAGGGGCAGACCGAUUGACAUGCUUAUGGGACCCCCAGGGGCGGCUUCUAUCAUUCUGCCCGAUGAGUGGGUCGAGAGAGAUGGACUCAUUGUGGGAACCACUACUGCCGGCAGGGGAGACGAGCCUAGACCUUCUCGCCGAACGUCUCCAGUCACUGUGGUCGAGCCGGAUGAGUGGCAGGUGGACCGAGCCUCAGGGACAGUCACGGUCACACACCGACAACCACGGAGAAGCUUGUUCGUGCCGGGGCUUCUGGGUAACAACUUCCCGGGAGUCGCCUACCGAAACGAGCGGCUCACCAGGGCUUGGCCCGUGUCGAGACCAGGGCCUGAACAGUCGGGCCCCCCCAUUUGCUUGUGUGACAACUGGAGGAUAGUGCAGGCGCGGGAGUUGGACAUUGGCCUUUGGACGGGUACCACCACUCUGGUUUUUCAGGGCUAUGGGCUACCUUGGCUGAUGGAUGCAGAUAACGAUCCAGGAGGAGCGGGACCCCAUGAAGACGGUGAGUCAGAGGAGGACAUCGACGACUCCACGGAGUAUGAGGACGCUUCUCUCCCAAGAUCGCGGUCGAGAUCCAGAACGCGGACGCCAUCCCAGGGGCGAGCAGGAGCCGAUCGUGACGGUGAGGGGAAGGGACCAGGAACUUCAGGGGAGAGUGAAACCGUGUUGCACCCCGAGGCGAUUGACUACCUCAACACGAUCAACGGCCUCGACCAGCCCACCAAGCAAGGAUGGGAACGUGUCUUGGAUGCAGGAGACGCUCUACUUGGGGCAGCUGGCGGAGUUCAAGAAGCGGCUCAGUGGCUAUGGGACGCACGAGCAACCCAUGGGCUGGCAAAUCUGAGAGGAGUCGAGGACCCGUGCCUGGAUAAGAUCUUACACCCCGACCUUCUGGCCUACCUGAGACAUGUGAAGAGGCAUGGCAUGGAGGUGAGGGUGGUGCAUGACCAGCGACCUGUCAACCAGGGCACGCAUAAGGACUUCCACCCGCCGGCGCUGCAGCCCACACAUGACCAGAUUGCUAGAAGGGUCCUGUUCUUGAAGCAUCGCUACCCAGGAUGCCAGGUCCACAUCGCCAAGAAGGACAUCUCUGGGGCCUUCCGCUUGCUUUGGGUGGCUCCCGCUGAUGUGGAGCUCUUCGCGGGUGACCUCCCUUGGAAGGAUGCGGCAAUGCCAGAUGAGGAGGGCUACAGCGGAGAGGUUCGUGGACGCCCACUCACCGUGCUCUACCUCGUGUCCUCUUUUGGUUUCUCAGGUUCUCCGGGGGAAUGGACUCCGUGGGGAAGAGCAACGGAGGAAUUCCAUAGAGCGCAUCGACCUGGACUACCUCGCAGAGACGGAGCAUUGGGUUUUGACUGCAAGAUCCUGGUCGACGAUGCGGUGUUGGUUGAACCACUCUUGGGCUUGAGACCUUGGGUCUCAGCUGCCUGUUAUGAGACAGGCGUCAGACAGAUGCUGGGAAAGGAGGCUGUGAACCAGGAGAAGGACGCCAUCGAGGGACAGUUCAAGGAGGAGCAGGUGAUCUGGGGACUGACUAUGAACGCGGCUUCGGAGAAAGCUUUCUUGCCAGAGCGGAGGAUCCUCAGAGGGUCGUAUCUGUUGGGGGAUAGUGCCUUCGACGCGGGGGAGAAGUGUGUGACGGUCCGCCAGGUCCAGCAGUUCAGGGGCAUCACGACUGGUUGGGCGAUUGUGGUGAGGGGCCUGGCGAAUGAGCUCAAGGCGGCGGACAUUUUUCUCUCCAACGAUGAAGGGGGACUUCCAGCUCGGCCUCGAAAACUGGGCUACAAGAAUGAACGCUUGGAGGUGGAGGAUGCCUGGGAGGACCUUUGGAGCCUGUUUGAGGUUUGCAGAUGGCUGUGCGCCAGAUCCGACAGGUGGGAGACGCGUUUUGGCACCACCUUGAAGGAGCUCCUCCCUGUGAAGGAACGUUUGAGCCUCCCGAAUGAGUGGAAGGAAACUGUUUGGGUAUCCUCGGAUGCUACUACUCAGGUGAUUGGGGCCAUCGACUGGACCUUUAGGGCAGCCGCUAGGGCAACAGUCACGGAGCUAGAGCCAUGGCUGAUGGGGGUAGCAGAACAAGAGAUGCAGGAGGACGGUGACAUGAGGGUUCACAUCUCGGAGAUGCUCUCGCUAGUGGCCUUUGUGUGUGAGCGUGGGCCUCUUUGGAAGGGGAAGGUGGUGCUUUACGCCGGGGACAACUCCACGGUUAGGCAGUGGGUCUGCAAACGUCAAAGUGGGUCACGGGCGGGCCGACUACUAGUCCGAGUCCUGAACCUGUGCGAGAUGAACUACGGGUUCACCCUGGUGGGGGGCUGGUGGAGGACCUUCCACAACGUCGACUCCGAUUACAUCACCAGGUGCAAUGCGCAAGAGUUCGAGGAGAUGCUCGUGAAGAAGGGUUGGGAGAAGGUCGAGCUGGGCCCGGCUAUCUCCAAGGCCAUUGAGGACACCGCACGGUUUGGACCCUGCUUCCUGUCCUGGCAGGACCCGGAGGACCGACAGGUGAUGCUGCAGCUGAAGGAGAAGAGGCUCAAGCGUUUUGUCGACAAGCCCUUGGGCAUUCCCUGGGAAAAACUCAGAGUUAUUGAGCUAGCCAGUGAUGACCGAUGGCUGAAAGAUUUUGAGAGUUUGGCCCCUGACGGACAUUCCAAGAUCGGAAGAACCCGAGUCGUCAUCGUCGCCACCUUGCCGGUCGAUGAGAAAGGGAUCCUGGUGGACAAGUUCAUCAAGGAGGUCUCUCGGUUGCGACCCUAUGUGGCGAUCUGGGAGGGGCCAAGGUGCGCCCCCUGGGAGAAGGCACUUGAAGGGUUCCGGGCCAACGGUUUGGGUGGUGUGACGUUUGAGUUCGUAUCCACAGAGCUGGGGGAGUACCUUGCACGCAGAAGGCAAUGCCUGGUAGGGGCGCGCUUCGACCUGACGGAGGACAUCGUGAAGAGGUGUUUGGUGAAGACAGUGACUGCUCCGCCUUUGGGGGCAGCCGUGGGGAGAGCCAAUCAGAGCGAGGACUUGGUUUGGAGAAAGCCUUUCAAGAUGGUCAUUGAGCCGGGCAUCCCACGGGCGCCGCUGCUGCCGCAGGUGGUGGGUCAUGUUUGGGAGUCACCUGAAGGUGAACGAAAGAACGUGCAUGGGCUUGCAGGUCCAGGGCGCUGGCCGCUGAGGUACAACGACGGGGAGUUCGAGGUGCUGGAGGUCUUUGAUCGUCGGGGGCGACCGGGCCAUCUUCGAGUACUUCAACCACUUGAGGUUUGGCAAUGUCAGGGGAGAUCCUGUGAAGCGUGGGACGAGCUCCUUCACCAGGGGAAAACGGUGAAGGAGAUAGCGAACCAGGGCAACAGGGCGACGGGACUUCAAGUGGCAUCUAACCUCUUGGUGAUGGCUGGAGCUCUGGUCGAGUUCGGGGAGAUCCUCGAAGAUGAUCGCAAUGCAGGGGCAUUGGGCUGUGAGCCGUAUGAUUUGUCCAUGGCCAAACUUCUGGCAUGGCUGCGAAAGUGGAAAUGGCGCCAUUUUGGUGCAGGUGAUCUUCACGGAGGUGAUGGGCGCGCCGGAGGGGACAUCCACAAACGCAUGGAGAACCGCGACGAGGAUGAGACCGUGGAGACCUUCAGGGACACCUCAGCGGGGGGGAGACGACCCAAGUUGACGAAGCCGGCUCAUCUACCUGCUGGGCAACAUGUGUUGCUAGAGCCAAGGAAGGUGCCUUUUGAUGGGGCAAUCCAAACACAGGUGGAGGAGUGGCUCGAGGAGAACAUUGCAGGUAGCAAAGCUACGAGUACCCUGAGAAUGUACAGGUCGGCAUGGGAGAAAUGGGAGGCCUGGGCAACCCGCCAAAGAUGGCCUUCAUGCUACCUCGACGUGAAGGGCGACAAGCUCGUGAAUGAGGACAAGCUCUUGGCGUUCCUCGGCUAUUUGGGCUGGCUUGGUUCCACGGCGGCCUCCAUCAAGCAGGCUUUGUUCGCGGUGAAGGACGGUCACAAGCGUGGAGGAGCAGGCGACCCGACCGAAGGCAUGUUCAGGGUGUGGAUGCUGGUCACGUCACUAGAUCGACAUGCUAAACGAAAGCCAAGGAGACUGGGGGUGACACCAGGCAUGCUGUUGUGGAUUGGCAGGAGCCUGUGCAACAGCGACUUGUUCGGAGAGGACCAGGUUGACAAGGCAAUGGUGCAGGCCGCGCUUUUGGUGGCUUGGUUCUUCAUGCUCCGAGCCAAGGAGUACUGUGACUCAGGGGGAGUGGAUGCACACAUGAUCCUCCGAGGCAUGGACGUCCGACUCACUAAGGACGGCUGUGAUGUGAAGACAGGAGCAAAUGAGGUGACCAUUCAGUUCCGUAAAACAAAGGCUGAUCAGGAGGCCUUCGGGUCGUGCAAAACUAUGGGGGCCACAGGUGAACUUCAUCUAUGUCCAGUGCACGCUCUUGAAGAGCUCCGAGAAGUGGCUCAAAGACGGUUCUCUCCAGGACCUGAAGCUCACCUACCUCUGUUCCGGUGGGGCAAUGGGGCGACCCUUCGUCGAACAGAAGUACAAGCAGUACUCCAGAAAGCAGCAAGAGCGGAAGGGCUGCCUGAAGAUCGCUUCAUGAGCCACAGCCUUCGAAUCGGAGGAGCAAGUGCCCUGUUCCAGGCUUCAGGAGAGAUUGAGUUGGUCAAGAGAAUGGGAAGGUGGAGCAGCUCCGCGGUGCAAAGGUACCUCUACGACGGGGGCGAAGUGCUGAAGGAGUUGUCAGGCCGGAUGGCCAGGGUCGACAAGAGGAUCCACUAUACGUAG